UUUGAGACGCAAUUGGAAUUAGUGUUGUUGAAAAUGUUUACCUGAAUUGCGGCAGGGUUAAACUUUUAAAGUAUUUACUUGAUUUUUAACUUUUAUCUGAAGGUUAUAUCAGUGUAUUGGGUAAUGUUAGAAGAAACUAACUAACUAAUGUAUUUAAACUAACAAGGAAAGAAAAAUUACCUUAAAAGUGGUGAUAAUUCUUACCUCCCGGUUUAUAUUUAAUGGGAGUCUGUAGUUGAACAUGACUGUAGAACAGUCUCCCGUAGAACAUUACUUUCAGCAGGACAAACAGGUGAAACCACAAGAAACACCCAAACAGGCAGGAAAUAGUGCAAGUGUGAUUGAUCUGACCAGUGAGGUGAGUGACAAGGAAGAUGACCUACAAAAAGCCAUUGCUCUGUCCCUUCAAGAUCAAAAGGGGGUGUUAGGAGGACAGAUAUCAAUGGAAGAACAAGAUAUUAGCAGAAUUACUGCUGAGUCAGAAACCAGCACCUUCACUUAUUCCACAAAAAAUAAGUGGAACAAAGGGACAAAACGAAAGCGAGGAGAACUGUGGCAAGACCCUGCUAAUCCACAUGACAGAAAGAGAAAUGGCAACUGGCCAGUAGGCCUGAAGAAUGUUGGGAACACCUGCUGGUUUUCAGCUGUGAUACAGUCCCUCUUCCACUUGCCAGUUUUUAGGAGGUUAGUUCUACAUUUUUCACCAAAGAUAGAUUGGGAAAGUGAUACUCAAAAUACAGUGGAUAGACGAAAUCUUGAGUUUAUGCGUGAGUUAAGAAAACUGUUUGGCUUGAUGGUGGCUAGUAAGAGAAAGUACGUAGAUCCUUCCGAAGCUCUGGAUGUGCUACGUGAAGCAUUUCCAAAUAGUAGCAGUACAGACAGUCAACAGGAUGCUAGUGAAUUUACUCACAAGUUAUUAGACUGGUUAGAAGAUGCUUUCAAACUGGAUUCUUCACUGCAUCUGGAUUCUUGUCAAGAAGAUGCAUCACCAACUGAUCAGAAUUCAUCCCGCUGUCAAAAUCCUAUGUUAAACCUUUUUUAUGGGCACUACAGAUCUGAAGGACUUAAUGAAGGACACACCUUUGAGAAUGAAGAGGCAUUUGGCCAGUAUCCACUUCAAGUUACUGGUUUUUGUGACAUCCAUGACAGCCUAGAGGCUGCUAUGGCACAGGAGAUAGAGUCCUGCUAUGGAGAUUCAGUGACAAAUUCUGGGCAAGAAACUUGGUUCACUCAAUUACCACCAGUUCUCUUGUUUGAGCUAUCCAGAUUUCAGUUUAACCAGCAACUGGGGCGGCCAGAGAAAAUUCACCACAAGUUGGAGUUUCCUGAAUUCAUAUACAUGGAUAGGUAUAUGGAGUAUAAUAAAAAUAUCAUAAGGUCCAAGAGAGAAGAGGUAUGGAAGUUGAAAGAAGAGCGUCAGAAGUUACAGAAAAAUUUAGAAAAGUAUUUGAAUUAUGGGUCAGGACCUAAACGUGUUCCUCUACAAGAUGUUCUGCAGUAUACUCUUGAGUUUGUGGAGAGCAAGUCAGAUAAUUUUCCUCAUACAUCUGAAGAUGUUGUUAUGACUUCUCCAUCAUCAGCAUCCAGUGUAAUUGGUGACUCGCCAAGCACCUCUCCUACAAAAAAUGAUGCUACUUGGAACAGUCCUACAGGGCAAAGUAAGCUUGACCAAGCUUUUCAAAGUGGCCUUUCCCCAACCCCAAGACAUGUAUCAGAUGUUGAGCUUUCAGUCCUUCAGCAGUGUUUGAAACGAUGGAGAACUGAGGUUGAAAAUGAUGUACGAGAACUCCAGCAAAAGAUUGACAGAAUAGAUAAAGUCAUCAGAGAGAUAUACAAUGAGUCGUCUUUAAAGCAGGUUCCUUACAGACUCCAUGCUGUGCUUGUUCACGAAGGUCAAGCAGCUUCAGGCCACUAUUGGGCAUACAUUUUCUGUCCAGAACGUAGAAUGUGGCUGAAAUACAAUGAUGUAACUGUGUCUGAAGCAUCAUGGGCAGAGUUAAUAAAAGAUUCAGUGGGUGGUCUUCACCAUGCUUCUGCAUAUUGCCUGUUAUAUGUGGAUGUAAACGAGAAGAGUUAUUUACUGGUGAGACAUGAAUUUAAUAAU